CCAGUGUCCCCAUCGUCAUUGCUGCACGCUUUUCCUCGCCCCAUCAACCCCACCCUCAACCCCAGGACUUUCGACUUUCGCUAUCACAUAGACUUUGCUCUUUUUGACAACAUGUCCGGUGCAGCAGCUUCAGCAGGAGCCUCGAAAUUCCAGGCUUUUAUGAACCAUCCGGCAGGACCGAAGACUGUGUUCUUCUGGGCUCCAAUGAUGAAGUGGUGCCUUGUUGCUGCUGGGGUGAAAGAUCUUAAUCGUCCGGCUGAGAAGCUUAGUGUAUCGCAGAACGUCGCUCUCGCCGCAACAGGUUUCAUCUGGGUCCGAUACUCAUUGGUGAUCACGCCCAUUAACUACAGUUUGGCUGCUGUGAACUUCUUUGUGGGCUCAACAGGCCUUGGACAGCUGUACAGGAUCUGGGAUUACCGGAGAACGCACCCAGAGGCUCUUGCUAAUGCUCCUGCCCCGAAGGCAGAGUAGAUUACGAUACCGUUUGCAAUACCAUCGAGUGUGGCGUGAGGAUAGUGAUGUUUGGCUGUUGUGUUGAUGAUGAUACAUUGAUAGCAAAAUUGUUAUUGUACAUGAGGUUAAUGCGGGGUUCUCGGAUCGAUGUUAUAACCUAUAUUGACAUGGUGGGAUUAUGUGGUGGCGGCGAAUGAGAGAACGACUAAAUAGGGAGAGCGAAAACUUCAACUUGCUGAAACCAUAAAAAUACAAAUGAGGAUGGCCGGAGAUCUGGAGCCCUGGAGCUCGGAACGUCUAUACCGUACUAUAAACAAAACAGACCAAAGAUAAAUGAAUGAAAAGAGGGUGUUCAGGUCAUCGUGAAGCCGUCUUCCGUCGAGAAGAAGCUUUCGACUUGCGGUUCGGCUGCUGCUUCCUUGUCUGCCCUCCUGCGCCUGAACUUUCGUUGGUCGUGUCGCCCACGUCGGGGCUUGUAAGGCUAUCGAAGAAGUUCUUUGCGUUUGAGAGGAUGUCGAAGCCUGUCCCGCCCAUUGCGCGACCCGCGAGCCCGGCGACGGACUGGAUGAAGCGUUGUGCGUCUGACGCUGCGUCGCCUUGUCCGUUUCUCCCUGCUCGCUGUUCGUCAUACCGCCACUGCUCAUGUGCGGUGAAAGAUUCGUACAUACGUGGUCGUUGACGCGUGUUCCUUGUUGACCGGCCUCGUGUGCUUGCAGCAACAGGCGUCCCUUGACCCUGUAGCGACUGCCAGAAUCCACCGAGAGCGCCUCCAGUCUGUCCGCCGUUUGUACCAGCAAGCCAUCCAGCAGCCCCGCCGAGUGCGCCAAGGAUGAGCACCCAUUUGACGAGACGGAAUGCCAUGCGGACCAUGAAACUUGUAGUUCGGUAGAGGCUGAGAAGGGUGUAAUAUGCGGUGAGGAAGACUAUGAGUGGAGGGAGAAGUUUCUGUGCGUCCCAUUCCCAUGGCUUCCAGGAGGGUAGGGCAGAUACGAGUGAGAAGAGGCCGGACAGGAGCAUGAGCCCAUAAGAGAGUACGGUGAAAAGGGUGUCAUAUAGAGAGGACGGGAGAUGCUCCGAGAGGUAGUCAAGCAGAGGAUCGAGGAAAGCGGGCAGGUCCUGUGGACGGACGUUGUCCAUCGCUAUGACGGCGGGAGGAGAGUGCCAGUGUCAGUGCCGGGCCAGGUGCUGGGGCUCUGGGACAGAGAGCGGGUACGUGUCCGAGCGUGUGCGGCUAAGCCGUGGGUGCACGCGACUUGCUACUGAAUGGCAAUUAAAGUUCACACGUAAGCAGACAAGGUUUGAUGAUCUGUUCG